GUGUGCCGCAUUCCCAGCCUGUCCACUUCCAGAGCUGUCCCCGGGCCCGGUUCUGGGGCGAAAAUGCCUGCCUUUCACAUAGAAGAUUUGCCAGAAAAGGAAAAGCUGAAGAUGGAAGUUGAGCAACUUCACAAAGAAGUGAAGUUGCAGAGGCAACAGGUGUCUAAAUGUUCUGAAGAAAUAAAGAACUACAUUGAAGAACGUUCUGGAGAGGAUCCUCUGGUGAAAGGAAUUCCAGAAGACAAGAAUCCUUUUAAAGAGAAAGGCAGCUGUAUUAUUUCAUAAAUAACUCUGGAGAGAAAUUUCAUCCUCAGUAGAAGAACUAGUUUGUUUUGGUUUUCUGAAAUAAAACCGAAAUUCCUUUCAAAGAAGGAAAACAAAAUUUAAGGACUUUCUUAAACACUUAUACUGAUAUGGUUAUGUAUAAAAGCUGUGUGCUUCUCAUCUUUGCUCACUAUACUCCCUUGUUAAGAGGGCAGAGAGUAUCAAAUGGACAAUUAUGGAAAUAAGGACAUUACUUGUGCAUGACUCACUUCUUUCAGUAUAUUGCUUGAUGCCUUAAAUAAAGUUUUAUCUCUGGAAAAAAAA